UCACUUCCGGCUGCCGAAUUGUGUUUCCGGGUUGGGCAGCUGGUUCCCGGUGUCGGGAGCGUCACCUUCUGCUCCGGAAGCAGCUGCCGCCGGUGGGAGGCGAUGGGGGAAGGGCAGAGGGGCCGGGGGCCGCGCGGCACUGUUAGGCUAUGAGCCCUUUGAAGAAAGUGGAACAGGAGUAAAACUGGCUGAGUUAAAAUUAAAUCUUGACUUUUGGAACCUUUAAAUAGAGCAUCAAACUUAUUAACUGUGUAAUUUGGGGACAGUUAUCUCAAAAUACCUGGCUCUUUUGGUGCCAUAGAACGGCAGCUGCAGUAAAAUGUUUGCAAAACUGAAGAAGAAGAUAGCAGAGGAAGCAGCAAUUGCUCCUCGGCCAGGAGGGGCUACCAGAAUUCCCAGAUCAGUCAGCAAAGAGUCAGUCACGUCUGUGGGAGCAGAUUCGGGAGAUGAUUUUGCCUCUGAUGGAAGCAGCUCCAGAGAGGAUCUCUCAUCCCAGCUACUUAGAAGAAAUGAACAAAUACGAAAACUGGAGGCCAAGCUGUCUGAUUAUGCUGAACAGGUCCGAAACUUGCAGAAGAUAAAAGAGAAGCUUGAAAUUGCAUUAGAAAAGCAUCAGGAUUCUUCCAUGAAGAAAUUUCAGGAGCAGAACGAGGCUUACCAGGCCAACAGAGCAAAGAUGGCUGAAGGAAUGGCUUUGGCAUUAGAAAAAAAGGACCAGGAAUGGAGGGAAAAGUUGGUUCAUCUUGAAAAGGAAAAAGAGAUGCUUUUGGCUCAGUUACAAGAAAUGAGGGAGCAGAGUUUGAAUCUUUUCCAAAAGAGAGAUGAAAUUGAUGAACUGGAGGGCUUUCAACAGCAGGAACUGGCCAAAGUCAAACACAUGCUUUUGAAAAAGGAAGAGUCUCUAAGCAGAGCAGAACAGGAGCUAGAGGCAUGCCGUCAGGAGCUAACCCAUGCGAAGAAAGAGCUGCAGGUCACAAGCAACUUGCCAUUGGUUCUGAGCAAUGAAGUGGAAGAGUUGCGGCAGCAGCACUCGGAGCUGGAAGCACAGAGGGAUGAACUAGUGGCAGCUGAGGCGAAUGCAGAAAAUAAGAUCACUGCCCUGGAGCAGAUAGGACAGGAGCUACAAACCUUCAUUCAGCAUCUUUCGGCGGACUUGCAAAACGCUCAAGUGGCUUCCUCUGGUUGUGAGAAGAUGGAAGCUUUACAGAUGGAGCAUGAAUCUCUCAAACUGGAAUAUGAACAACACAAGCUAAAGAUGAGUGUUGAAGUUGAUGAGAAAAAUAAACUCAUUGAACAUCUGCAGGAAAAAGUGUCUUCCCUAGAAAAGAGACUAGAAGGGAAUUUUUCAGGAGAUGAACAUGUGUGGGAGCUACUCAAGGAGAAAACUGCUCUGGAGCAGAAACUGGAUGACACCAGACAGCAGCUAUUGACAGCUAGAACCAAUCAUGCUGAGACUGUGAACCUACUGGAAACCCAGGUCACUAAACUGAACAGCAAAGUAACUGAAGCACAGGGAUUCCUCUGUGAGAGAGAAGAGUUUCUGAAGAAUUUUAAAGAAAGCAGCAUGUGCCAGCUGAAAGAACUUGAACAAGCACUACAGCUCGCUAAUGGGGCACUAGAGAGGAGCAGAGAAGAAAUUGGUGAGAGGGAUCUACAGAUCCAAAAGCUGCAAACAGAUCUAGAGGUUGAGAGCAGCAAAUUACAACAGCAUAUCUCAGCUGUAAAGCAUCAGUGCGCAGAACGGAUUAGCAGGCUGGAGGCUCAAAUAGCUGCCCUUGAAACAGCUCGAGAGUUUGAUAAAACAGCUUCCCAACAUAAGAUAAGCCAGUUGGAACGGGAAAAUGAAGAUUUUAAUGAAAUCAGACAAGAAUAUGAAAGUUCUUUAAAGAAACAAGAGUCUGAACUGGAAAGACUAAAGAAAGAAUUAAGCAGCAGAGAAACAGUCAGUGUUGAAAUUGCCAAAGCACUGGAAGAAACUCGGAAACAAAGGGAGGAAUUACAGCAGCAGGUUACAGAUCUGAUCUUACUGAUAAAGGAAAAGGACCAGUUGAUCAAUGAAAAAACUGAUGUGAUUCUAAAAAAAGAGGAGCAGCAAAACCAACUCAGUCAAGGUCAUGAAGCUCUCAUGUUGCAAAUGCACCUGUUGCAGUCUGACAUAGAAGCAUGCAAGAGCCAAGCAGCAGAGAGGGAAGAAACAGCAGGAAAGCAGAUCAGUGCUUUGAGGUUGAAGAUGCAGGAGCAGCAAGAGCAACUGUUGGCGAGCAGGAGAAAUGUUUUGGCAUUAGAAGCAGCAAGAGCCUUUAAUAAGCACUUGUAUCCUCCAGAAGACAGUGAAAUGGAACAAAACGGAGAGGUGGCAGCUGGAGACAUCCUUCAACUUCAGAAAGACAAUAGAGACUUGGAGCAGCAAAUUUCUGAGAAAAAUAAGAUGAUAAAACAGUUACAGCAGAGAAUGGCAGAGCUCAAAAAGACCCUGCAGAAAGAGCUGAAAAUAAGGCCUGACAAUGAGAUCCCUGAAGUACGUGAGAAACCAAAUUCUGAAGUGCCUAAUGCUGCAAUGACUGUCACAAACAACUCUGAUCUAAAUGACUCCCGGGAGAUCAACUUUGAAUACCUUAAACAUGUUGUACUAAAGUUCAUGUCCUGCCGAGAAUCGGAGGCAUUCCACCUAAUUAAAGCUGUGUCUGUGUUACUUAACUUUUCACAAGAGGAAGAAAAUAUGCUCAAAGAAACAUUGGAAUACAAGAUGUCGUGGUUUGGGUCAAAGCCAUCUCCCAAAGGCAGUAUCCGGCCAUCUAUCUCGAAUCCCAGGACAGCAUGGUCUUAAGGGAACUGGAAAAUGGGCAAUCAGCAUCUAGCCUCUUUUUUUCUGUGAAAAGGACACGUCACACACUAGUUCAGGUGUGUCUUAAUCACUGUCAUUGCAGUAUUUUGUACAAGAAUUUUGAUUGUUUACAAAGAUAUACUGUACAAGCAGCAUCCUUCACUGCAAAUUGAAAUUUUCUCUCUGGGGUGGAUUCAGGGACUCUGUGUCAAUGGCCUGUUAGCUGUGUAACAGCUAUCUCCUUAUGCUCAUAAAUCCUGUGUCUUGGCACCAAAGGGUUACAUUAAUUUCACUAAACAUUGGUGGCUGUUCAGGAUUUUGACAUUUACAUUUGUCAUGAUGGGGGAUCCCAGCUUCUGUUGUAAUGAAAUACUCUAGUUGCAUAACUCUAGGUACAUCCUGUAAAGCUUCCCUUUCCCAUUGGGCACAGGUGGCAAUGAAGGGGUGUUUGCUGGUGGUACUGUGUUCAAUUCCUGACCGUUCUAAAAGCUUUUUGGAGACCACGAACAAGAGGUAUAACCAAAAACAAAGUCUUGCCUUGUUAUACUGCCUCACUUGUUAGCAUUUGUUCAUAUCACUGUGUAAAUUUUACAGUGCACAUAUCCUGGCCUGCGGUCAUGAAAACUGCACAGAUGACAUUUAUUUAAUUUUCAGAGAGAGCACAACUUUAUAGUUGUCUGAUUUUUACUUUUCUUAAAGAAAAAAUUAAUAUUUAAAAUGGUCUUAAUUAUAGUACCUAAUAAUCAGUCGCCUUUUAAACUAAUGUAGUAGUCUGUAUCAUAGGUUGUUAGUGUUGGGAAGAGAGGUAGUAAACCAUUUUAAAUACUUUUUAAAGUUUAAUUUCAGUUUAUUGUAAGCAUAAUUAAAAGAAGAGUUCCAGAGUCCUUAUUGAAAGGAAAAAAAAUCUUAGCGAUACAAAGGGCAAAGAACGUCAGUAUAAUACCUUUGGAUUUUUUUCUUUACAAGUUUGCUAGCAGCAGACAUAACAUCUGCUUCCCUCUAAAGCAGUAUUGACUGGAUCUGUUUCAGACUUUACAUUUACCUGCAACUAAAUUUGCUUUGAUUUUAAGGUUGAGGGGCUUAUUAGCUUUUUCCUGUCCUACUAUUCUUUAGUUGGAGCAUGUGUUAGUCUUUUUAAUGUAAAGGCAGAAUUCAGCUUGUAUGCAACAGAUUGUGGCUUGAAUACUAUGAACUUCCCUGGAGAGAAAGGACAGACUAAGCCCUGAUCUGCCAUACAGAGCUGGAGUAGAAUUUUGCCCUUAGUGACUACCUACAAACUACAUUAAAAAUUGGAAGCAGCAAUUUGUCUGGGUUUGUUUAAAAAAACUGAAAUGUUUAUAAAAACUACAUAGAAAAUAUGGAACUUAAACAGGCAAGUUGCACGCAGGCUCUUGGCUAUUGCUGAAUAACAGUAUUUAUAUCAAAUACAUCUUAAUGAAAAUUCAACAUCUACGUAAGAGAAUUCUAGACCAAAUGUUUCUUUAUGGUAAGACAUUCAUAGUCACUGUAGUAUUUUGACCUUAACUGAGGGUGUAGGAGUUGGCCUGUGCUAAUAGGAGUAAUGUUAAAAGGAGUUUUAUAAAUCUUGUGGAAUGAAUCACAUUACCCUUCUAUUAGGGAAGAAUAGCAACAUGGGUUUUCAGUAGACAGGCUCUGGCCUUAUACCUAAGUAAACACCUUCAAUGGUGUUAGUUUCAUCUACAGCAUUACUCUCAAUGGAGGGGCUCAAGGGCUGCCUUUACCCUAGUUAACUUAAAUAACAUACAAAUGUAAUAUGCUUUCAUAUUAGAAAAUUUAAUGAAUCUUAAGGGAAAGACUUUCAUCCAUUAUUCUUCUCUCUCCAAAUGGAGUAAUGAGGACUAUGCCCAUGUGUGCUUAGAGCUAAAGCAUUCAUUUUACUGUGAUUUUAAAAAUUACUUUAGGAUGAAUGGCACCUUUCCAUAAGAUAUCAAAGGAAUUCAGACAUUCUCAAUUGCAACAGCGACCCUUGCGAAUGUCUUUUGCUGACAGUGGAUCUAGGGCAGAUAAGUUCCAGUAUGGUGAUGCCCAUCCUACUGUUCUUGUCCACCAGUGACUGCCAGCAUGCUGCCCAAAGACUUAUGUAGAAGAUGGUUUGAGUUGUUCCUUAAUCUGCUAUGGGUUGCUGUUUAACAUGAAGGAAAGCAGUCUCCUCAACUGGUUAAGGGGGAUCAGGGACCAAGGUGAGCUGUAUGCUAGAGAAACUUAUAGUAUCUGUUGAAUAGCAUAACUUCAGUUUGAUCCUAAAGGUCCUUAAUUUGCCCUGAGUGAGUUUUCCUGUGUUGAAUUUUCUUUAACUAUUGCAGCAAGAAUAAUCUAUGGUGUAUAUAUCAACAAUUAAUGUACUUUUCCUUCUCUAGAAGCUCCUGGGGUGUAUAUAUAAUCCUUUUUAUGAACAUCUGCCAGUGGAUUUUAAUCUAUUCCUUUUGCAUUGUAAAUAUGGAUUGUAUUAUAGAACUCUGAAACAACUGGAGAACUAAUUUGUGGUGCAGUAUUUUUGAUUAAAACUCUGGACUUCUUUCUAGUCA